UGAGCGCGACGGCAGCAGCAGCAGUAGCGGGCACGGUGACGGUGGCACCGCAGUGGAUACACGGGCAGCUUCGCUCCUGUGCACCACUACAAUCCAAGAUCUGAAGGAGAAACCGUAAACCGACUAAACCCCGACCGGUGAUGACGCGUUUGCAGUAACGCGACUGCUCGCUGCCUGUCCCCGCUUACACUCAUGAGGUCUAUUUUUGCACCGUGAAACACACGUUUGACACCGUGUGCUCGGGAGAAACAGACGCGCGAGGCUCGGAUGUGUUGGAGUCGCAAUGGCAGACCGUGAUUCGUUACCGCUGCCGUUGGAGGUGCGCGCGCGGCUGGCGGAGCUCGAGCUGGAGCUGUCGGAGGGUGAUAUCACCCAGAAGGGCUACGAGAAGAAAAGAUCCAAACUUUUACAAGCAUACCUACCUCAUACACCAGGAGCAGAACGGCGCAUCCCCGUAACACCAUCUUCAUCGUCUUCCUCAUCCUCACGUUAUCAACGCAGACGGUCCACUGGGUCAAGGGAUGAACGUUACCGCUCAGAUGUUCACUCAGAAGCGGUUCAGGCUGCGUUGGAGCGACACAGUGAGAGAAAGAUGGCUGUGCUUUUGCCAUCCAAGCGGCGCUCGCUCAUUGGUCAAACCUCCAUGGACACAUACACUCCUCCAGACUCGUCCUCCGGCUCUGACGCUGAGGGGUCUCUGGGGAGAGCAGGGGGUGUCAGUGUGGACUCGUGGAUCAGCAGAGCUCUCCACGGCUCUCCCUCAACAUCAUCGUCAUCAUCGUCGCACAGCAACAGCUCUGCCAACGCAGCCCGACUGGCAGAGACCAGCAUGCACACAUACGCCAUUGGUCCGAUGUCUCAUCUGUCUCUGAAAAGGCGGGGAUUAAGAGAAAUGGGUGUUUCUGCUGAGAAUGGAAUAGUUGUCAGGCAUUCCAGUGACUACCAUUCAGAUCGCCCUUGGUCAUCUCUGGAUUCAGAGGACAGUCUGUCGGCUCCUCCUGACAUCACUAGCUACAUGCCAGACUCCGCCCCCAUUUUGGUUCAUCGUCCACAAAUCGCCAUGAUUACCAGACCCCCGCCCAAAUAUGGUAAUGCUGAGCUGAUGGAGACAGGAGAUGGUGUUCCUGUCAGUAGCCGUGUGUCAGCAAAGAUCCAGCAGCUAGUUAAUACACUAAAACGACCAAAGCGAAGACCUCUAAGAGAAUUCUUUGUGGAGGAUUUUGAAGAACUUCUGGAAGUGCAGCAGCCUGAUCCGUCUCUGCCACGCCCAGAAGGGGCGGAGUCAAUCCCCAUAGAAGGAGAGGAGUUGGACAGACUGAAAAAUUGCCCCGCCUCCCUGGAAGCGGCUCUCCUGCGCUGGGGAGCCAUUGCACCCAAAGCCCCCUGCCUGACCACUACACACAGCAAUGCCAAACAACCGUACACACUUACAUAUGGUAAGCUUUGGUCCAGGAGUUUGAAGUUGGCCUAUAACCUCCUCCAUAAACUGGGAUCCAAACAAGAGCCAAUUAUCCAUCCUGGAGACCGGGUAGCAUUGGUUUAUCCUAAUAGUGACCCAGCAGCGUUCAUGGUGGCGUUUUAUGGCUGCCUUUUGGCUGAAGUUGUUCCUGUUCCAAUUGAAGUACCACUUACAAAGAAGGAUGCUGGGAGUCAACAGAUUGGGUUUCUGUUGGGUAGCUGUGGUGUAACUGUGGCGUUAGCCAGCGAUGCGUGUCAUAAAGGUCUUCCUAAGAGUGCUAGUGGUGACGUCAUGCAGUUUAAAGGUUGGCCAAAGUUGCUCUGGGUGCUGACUGACUCUAAACAUUUAUCUAAACCCCCUCGGGAGUGGUUUCCUCUAAUUAAAGAUGCCAACAAUGACACCGCAUACAUAGAGUAUAAGACCUGUAAGGAUGGCAGUGUGAUGGGGAUAACCGUGACAAGGAUGGCGAUGCUCUCACACUGCCAAACUCUUACACACACCUGUGGAUACAGUGAAGCUGAGACUGUGGUGAACGUGUUGGACUUUAAAAAAGGCAUUGGCCUUUGGCACAGUGUUCAAACGAGUGUAUUGAAUAUGUUACAUGUGGUCAGUGUUCCCUAUGCACUUAUGAAGGUGAAUCCUCUGUCCUGGAUCCAAAAAGUCUGCCAGUACAAAGCUAAAGUGGCGUGUGUGAAGAGCAGGGAUCUACACUGGGCUCUGAUGGCCCACAAAGAGCAGCCGGACACCAACAUGAGCUCAUUGAGAAUGCUGCUCAUCGCUGAUGGGUCGAACCCCUGGUCGAUAUCCUCCUGCGACGCGUUCCUGAACGUGUUUCAGAACAUGGGCUUGAGGUCAGAGGUCAUAUGCCCAUGUGCUGGUUCCCCCGAGGCUCUAACCGUCGCUCUGAGGAGGCCUCAGGAGAGCAGCUCAAAGCCUGCAGGCCGAGGGGUCCUGAGUAUGACCAACUUGAGCCACGGGGUGAUUCGGGUGGACACAGGAGAGAAGCUGUCCGUCCUCACCCUGCAGGACGUGGGCACAGCCAUGCCAGGAGCGGUGGUGUGUGUCGUUAAAGUGGAGGGCGUUCCUCAACUGUGUAAAGCUGAUGAGAUAGGAGAGAUCUGCGUGUCGGCUGUUGCAACGGGCACGUCCUAUUAUGGGCUAACCGGAAUGAGCAAAAACACAUUUGAGGUUUGUCCAGUGGCGUGUGACGGUGGAUUGGUCAGUGACUGUGUGUUCGUGCGGUCGGGUCUGCUGGGGUUUGUGGGUCCAGGCAGGAUGAUCUUCAUCUCUGGGACACUUGAGGGACUGAUGCAGGUCGGCGGACGGAAACACAACGCUGAUGACAUCAUUGCUACCGCUCUGGCUGUGGAGCCCAUGAAGUUCAUCUACAGAGGAAGGACGGUGGUGUUUUCAGUGACUGUACUGUAUGAUGAGAGGAUCGUGCUGGUGGCAGAACAGAGACCAGAUUCCACUGAAGAAGAGAGUUAUCAGUGGAUGAGCCGAGUGCUGCAGGCUAUAGAUGGAAUUCAUCAGGUUGGGGUCUACUGUCUGGCACUGGUUCCUGCUAACACUCUUCCCAAAACCCCUUUGGGAGGAAUCCACCUGUCUGAGACAAAGCAGCUGUUCCUGGAGGGGGGUCUUCACCCCUGCAGCAUCCUCAUGUGUCCUCACUCCUGCAUCACCAACCUGCCCAAACCCAGACAAAAACAGCCUGAGGUGGGUCCUGCCUCAGUGAUGGUGGGGAAUCUUGUCGCGGGGAAACGAAUGGCUCAGGCCAGCGGACGAGAUUUGAGUCACAUGGAGGACAAUGAGCAGUUUCUCUUUCUGUCGGAGAUGCUGCAGUGGAGAGCUCAGACAACACCAGAGCACAUACUGUACACGCUCAUUAACUCACGGGGAGCAGUAGGAAGUUCUCUGACUUGUCUACAACUGCACAAGAGAGCAGAGAAAAUCGCCACUUUGCUUUAUGAAAGAGGACAGUUACGAGACGGAGACCACGUAGCCCUAGUUUAUCCACCAGGUCUGGAUCUGAUCGCUGCGUUUUAUGGCUGCCUGUACGCAGGCUGCAUUCCUAUAACCGUGCGACCGCCUCAUCCGCAGAAUAUCUCCACUACACUGCCUACAGUUAAAAUGAUCCUAGAGGUGAGUCGGUCAGUGUGUGUAAUGACCAGCCAAAUGAUAUCAAAACUUCUCAAGUCCAGAGACGCAUCGGUGGCUGUGGACUUUAAAUUGUGGCCUCCAAUCUUGGAAACAGAUGACUUGCCAAAGAGACGUUGUCCUCUGAUGUUCAAGCCAUGUGAUCCAGACUCAUUGGCGUAUCUGGACUUCAGUGUGUCCACUACAGGAAUGCUGGCUGGAGUGAAGAUGUCUCACAAUGCCACCAGUGCUCUGUGUCGCUCGGUGAAGCUGCAGUGCGAGUUGUAUCCGUCUCGUGAAGUGGCCGUGUGUCUGGAUCCGUACUGCGGCCUCGGCUUCGUCUUGUGGUGUCUCUGCAGUGUGUAUGCAGGCCAGCAGUCUGUUUUGAUCUCUCCGAUGGAUCUGGAGGUGAAUCCUGCGCUGUGGCUUCAGGCCGUCAGUCAGUUUAAAGUCAGAGACACGUUCUGCUCGUACUCAGUGAUGGAGCUCUGCACCAGAUCUCUCAGCUCGCUCACUGACACGCUGAAGGCCCGAGGGAUGGACCUGACCCGCGUGCGCUCCUGUGUGGUGGUAGCAGAAGAAAGGCCUCGUGUUGCUCUGACCCAGUCCUUCUGUAAGCUCUUUAAAGACGUGGGGCUUCACCCGCGCGCCGUCAGCACCGCCUUCGGCUGCAGGGUCAACCUCGCCAUCUGCCUACAGCCUCAUAGGUUGGGAAAACUUGCUGAGCAGGGAACAUCAGGACCCGAUCCUACAACUGUCUAUGUGGACAUGAGAGCACUGAGACACGACAGGGUGAGACUGGUUGAAAGAGGCUCUCCGCACAGUUUGCCUCUCAUGGAAUCUGGGAAGAUUUUACCUGGUGUACGCAUCAUCAUUGCUAACCCAGAGACGAAAGGACCAAUCGGAGACUCUCAUUUAGGGGAGAUCUGGGUCCACAGUCCGCAGAACGCCAGUGGAUACUUCACUGUGUUUGGCGAGGAAAAUGUGCGUUCAGAUCAUUUUGGAGCCAGGCUGAGCUUUGGAGACACUCAGACGGUGUGGGCCAGAACUGGAUACCUGGGGUUCCUGCGCAGAACUGACCUCACGGAUGCAAGCGGAGAAAGGCACGAUGCCCUUUAUGUGGUGGGAGCAUUAGAUGAAGUCAUGGAGCUGAGAGGAAUGAAAUACCAUCCCAUUGACAUUGAAACGUCCAUCAUCAGAGCACACCGCAAUAUCACAGAGUGUGCUGUGUUUACAUGGACGAACCUCUUGGUGGUGGUGGUGGAGCUGGAAGGUUCUGAGCAGGAGGCUCUAGAUCUGGUUCCAAUGGUGACUAAUGUGGUUCUAGAGGAGCACUAUUUGAUUGUGGGUGUGGUAGUGGUGGUGGAUACCGGCGUAAUCCCCAUCAACUCUCGUGGAGAAAAGCAACGCAUGCACCUGAGAGACGGCUUCCUCGCUGACCAGCUCGACCCCAUAUAUGUGGCUUACAACAUGUAGAAACGCACGCCGAUGAUAUUAAACACAUGAGAUGCAGCAACCAUCAUUUCCAGCACCUUCUCACUGUCAGCACUUCUGCUCAUUUGUUAGAUUGAACGCCCUCAAAAUAGCAGACACACACACACACACUCUCGCACAUCAUUCACAGAGGGACUUAAAAGACUCCUGUAGCAUAUCUUCAAGUUUUUUAUUUCGUUUUAAAAUUACGUAUCGCCCUAUAUUUUGUUAGUGUUGUUUUUUUUUUUACUUGCAUAUGAAAUUUUAAUUUAAGGAACAGGAUUUUAUAUUAAUGCAUAUUGCUGUCAUCAAUCCGUGUUAUUUAUUUGUGUUUUUUUAAACCUGUGAUCACAAAUAUAUGUCAUAUUUGUGCUUUUACAUACGUUUUGUUGCCUAUAUUGUUGUUUUAUGCUUGUCUUUGUUGUUGUCGGUUGUAUUAGAAUAUCACAUACCGAUUUAUUCAGCAUGUUUAUCAGUUUAAAGAUACUAAUGUUGAGUCCUUUUCAUAAUUGUUAAUUAUGUACAGACAUUUGGUUCAGGUUUACUUUUGACUUUUGUUUUGUUGUGAAUUCAUUGUUAGACUAUUAUGAAUCAUUUUAUCAUGUAUUUGAAUAUGAUCAUAUCUGCACUGUGAUACGCAUCAAUAUGUGAACUAGAAUUUGCAUUCUAGAUUCAGUGGCCGGAGAGAGGGGGGGAGGAAUGGAGAGUGACAGAAAGGGGACAUAUGCACAAUGUGUGUGUUUAGUAUAUCUUUAUUUAUUUUUGAAGCUUCCAUUACCUGUAAGAUACGAAAGCACUUUGAUUAUGUCACUUAUGUCUUUUCAUAUGUCAAUAAAAUAUUUUCAACUAUUCUUAUUGAGAAAACA